AUGUUUGUUGCAGCGGAGCAGUUCGUGGAUAAGCUUUUGACGCAAGAAGCGAUGGAAGAACCUUGCGACAAAGUCAAACCUGAGGAGUUGACAUUGGAAUUGCCAGAAUGGUUUGAUGAAAAGAAAUUCAAUCAAGCCCGUCGUUUUUACUGGGACCAUUGCUUCAUGUUCUCAACGUCCAUGUUAAUAGGAUUGGUGGCGGUGUUCGCCAUUCCUUCAAUCCUGAAGGUGCUCGUGGGGUCUAGACGAUCCUCGUCUCUUUACACUGCGUAUAGGAGAUAUCUGUCUACAUUGCUUCAUACUGUAUCUUGGUUCGAGCAUGAAUUGAAGCCGAAUAGUAUAUCAUGGAAAUCGCUGUACGCAGUCCGCAGCCGCCAUUUGCGGGCAAGCCUCGCCUCGAAACUAAAAGACGAAGGCAUAGUCUCACAAAGGGACAUCGCUUUGACACAGUUCGGAUUCAUAGGUUUCUCCGUGUUGAAGCCUGACCGAUUUGGUAUACGACAAAUGCAGCCGGGUGAUUGGGAAGCGUACAACCAUUUUUGGAAGACUAUUGGGUUUAUGAUUGGAUUGGAAGAUAGAUACAACAUUUGUCGAAACACAAUAGAAGAAACCCGCCAAGUAUGCCAAUUGUUACUUGAAAGAGUAUUCACUCCUUGCCUAGAGAACGUUCCAGAAUACUAUGAGCACAUGGCUCGUGUAAUGCUGGAUGGAUUCUGGACCGUGAACCCUGCAGUCAAUGAGGAUGCAGUCUUGUAUUUCACUAGGUAUUUAGCCGAUGUUCCUGGGUAUAUUUAUACGGAAAAUGAUAGAAUUACAUUUCAGAGGAAACUGAAGGCACAAUUGAAGGAUAAACCUGAGAGUACAGGUGUCGACUCCACAACACUGAUCUGCAAGGCAGAAGUUAAAGGUUUACCUGAACGUUCCCCCAGACUCCUCUAUCUUCAUAACUAUGACAGUAUCGAGUCAGUACCUGAGUACAAACAAAUCAGUUGGUGGUCUAAGUACAAACUGGGUCUGGCAUUUUUAGUCUCACAUUGGUACUCUUUUUACUUAGGAAGGUUGUACUUCAAUCUAAAUUUCUUAUGCAGCCUUAUAUUUAUGAAAUACUUCCCGUAUGUAGCCUUUUUCAGAUUUGGUAUAAAAGCUUCGUUGAUCGAUCUUUUUGUUGAAAGUCCGGCUGAUAACACAAAGCCGAAGGUGAAUGCAGAAUAUAAUAAGAAGAAUAGUAGGCCUUGGUAUAUAUCAUGGUUGACGAUCUUGUGGUGAUAGCUGGCACUUGUGACUUAGUUGACGAGCAUUUGAUUUUAUAAAGGGGUUUUCUGGUGGCGGUAAUGGCAUAGUAUAAAUAAGAGCAAGUAGGCCAACUCCCGCCUGUUCGGCGUGUAAAUGCCUACACUUCGCACGGAGUUUGGGUUGUACAUUAUAAUUAUAGUUGUACCUACAGGUUGUGAACCUAAUUUGAGAAUUUUAAAUAAAUAUAUAUAUAUUUGUGUGUGUUGUAUAAUACUAGUAUACAUAAAUGUAGGUAAGAAGUUAGUAAGUACUAAGUAGGCUACAUGUUCAUUACAGUAUUGUCGUGCUGUAUUAAAAAUAACCUUUGUUAAAUGCAGUCGGUAUUUACGUAUCGACAUUUUUAUACCAGGGACAAUUAACAAGUCAACUGUUUGAUUCAUUUUUUAAAAUCGCUUCAGUUGUAUAAUUUUAGAGACGCGUGUGACGACCCGCGCUCUGCAAUGCGAGUUCACUGCAAGAUUAUGCGAAUGUGUGCGUACGUACACGUCGCGCGUGCACACGUACAAAUAAAGAGUUACCAUACUUGCCUUAUUAUACUAUGGUAAUAGUCUUCCCUUAUUAUUAUGUACAAACUGCAAACAAUUGAAGUACAACUUUGUAAAGUUUGAUUUUUUUAUGUUUCACGUGUAGAUUAUUUUUCAUAAAAUAAAUCAAUAUCGUUUUGUCGGACAAAUUUGGCUUUGACCGGACUUAGUAUACCAUUUCAAAUUUGUCGCAUUUAAGUUUUAAUAAACAGUGUAUGUAUUUAGUAUUUAUUAUGGUCCAUGUAACGGCUAUUAUAUUGUUUUGUUAUGUAUGACAAAUCCAAUGGAUUAUUAAAUUAUUUAGAUAUUAGACAAGUAAGUGUAGUUUCAACUUGAGUCUAUUAUGACUCAAUGUACCUUGACGAUCAAAUGUUGUUAAGAAAGUGCCUUGUGGUGUAGACAAUAACAAUAUAUGGACUCAGAGGUACGCUAAAAACGUUUGAAUUAUGAUAGCAACGUUCCAACGACUGGCCACAAGUACGAUAGAACAUUUAGUAAUACAUUUUUCCGUUCUUUGGGACAGGCUAAGGCGUCUAAUUAGUCAUACUGCCAGAUGUUAGAUGUGUGUGUGAUUUUUCUUCAAUUGUUCAAUUUUCUGCCGUUUUUUCGCGGGAAAUCGUAACUUCGUAUCUUUUUCCAUCCUAUAAGCGU